CCAGAUUUAGAGACGAGAGCAUAUACAUGGAUAAAGAAGCUCAACAAUCAGGGAAAGACAAUGAAAGGCAAGACGAAGUUCGUUACCGGGGAGUUAGGAGGAGGCCGUGGGGGAAAUACGCGGCGGAGAUUCGAGACCCAUCAAGGCAGGGUGCACGUUUGUGGCUAGGGACGUUCAGCACGGCGGAGGAGGCGGCUCGGGCUUAUGAUAGAGCUGCAUUUAGUCUAAGAGGUCAUCUUGCAAUACUUAAUUUUCCGAACGAGUACUACUCUCAACUCGCAGAGUCUCGUCAGCUUCGUCCUAAUUUUCCAUCAUCAUCGGCCGGUGGUAGUACUAGCAGUAGAGAGAAUUUUGAGCAGGGAAGCUCGACGAGCGGCGGACAGCAAGUGUUCGAGUUCGAGUGCUUGGAUGACAAGGUGUUGGAGGAACUUCUUAAACCAGAAGAGGAUAAAAGGAAGAAAUAAUUAACGACAGAUCAAUUCCAUCUCCGUCUGAAAUUCUUUUAAUUUCUUGGUUUUUAUGUCUUUGUGGGAUUAUUGUUAGUUUACACAUGUAAGCUGCUAAGCUUGAACCUCUGGCCUAACUAGCUGAGUUGCUUCAUCACAGCUAAGGGGUCAUAGAUUAGUUAAUUUGGUACUUUUAUUGGGGAAUGGAUGUAAGUUUCAGUCAAUGAAUAAGGACACAGCUAGACUCCGGCAUGUCAAUUACUCUUGCAUAAUUUAGCAUUCUUGCAUUUUUAUUCAUGCUGAUGGAGGUGAUGAGGGAUAUUGUUUAUGGAUAGUGUUGCUGAUUUAGGUGUAAUUAAUUAAUUAGCCUCUUCAUUGUUCUGGGUUUGGAGAAACCGGCCAUAUCUUUUCAGCUGGAGGAGUUGUCCGUUUAGUAUCCUUUCUACAGACAAAUAUGAAUCAUAUAAAGAAAAAGUUAGCUUAGGAAUAAAAGAUUUAAAUUCACCAGGCUGAUC